UUCAAAUCAGACCCGAUGGCGCUCCGUGCAGUCCUACAGCUCCUUUGUGCGUUGGGAGUCUUUCACAAAGGUCUAACCUCUGUGAUAGAAACCCAGCAGACUGUGAUGGCAGCAGUGGGAGAAGAGGCUCAGUUAAACUGUCAGCUGAUGCAAUCUAAAGAUGUUCAGCAAGUCACAUGGCAGAAACUAUUACCUGAGGGGGAGAAGAAUCUAGCUACUUACAGCAAAUACUUUGGUCAAAAGGUGAAUGCUGGUUUUGAAGAGAAAGUGGAGUUUAAAUGUGCUGGACUACAGAACAGCUCCAUAGUCAUCAGGAAGGUGACGGAGCAGGAUGAAGGAUGCUAUCUCUGUUUGUUUAACACCUACCCUGAAGGAGCUCUCACUGCUACAACCUGCCUCCUUCUCUAUGAGCUGCAUGAACCUAUUCUCCAUGUUGGAGAAUCCAUCUCUCCUGAAGAGGCAGUAGUGUCCUGCUCGGCCACAGGUCGACCUGCUCCCACAGUUAGACUGACUGUCCCUCACCACAACUCUUCCAGUGUCACCAACACCAACGGUACAGUCACUGUCACCACUACAGCUGUGCUGCCUCGUCUCCAUGGCAACAGCACACAGGUUGGAUGUGCAGUGCGAGUGCUCUCUGGUCCUCAGAUAGAGGUGUUUACCAUGAAUCCUGAGAUCAGACAGCCGUCUGCUGAUGGUUUUGAUGAGGAAUCUGAAACUAAUAAUAGUGAUCGCAGUAGGACUUGGAUCAUAUUGCCUGUGGUAUUGGUAGCCUUUGUUUGUGUUGUUGCUGCUGUCAUCAUCACUGCCAGGCGUAAACAAAAAAAUCCCAACAGUCUGUCACACAGGGACUCUGAGGAGAACAAGAAGAACAACACAAGCAUCCAAGAACCUGAUGAGUAA